UGCAGCAGUUCGUUGGCUUGCAGAUGCCGCUCUUGUUAUGCGAUACGUAGAGCUCUGGCAAUACGCAGCAUUAUAUGUUUUUGACGCACCAUCGCUCACAAACUAGUGCAAGUGACAUCCGCGUGUGACAAAGAAGAACAAGUAAUCCUACUGACACAGAGAAGUCUCAGCCGCGCAAGCAUGCCGAUUUCUGACGAAGCUAUGCCAGUUAUUUCCUACCGUCAGAAAUACAGAAAUCUGAAGCGUAAGCUUAAGUUCCUGCUUUACGAAAACGAGUGCUUUCAAGAAGAACUACGCAAAGCGCAGAGGAAGCUGUUGAAGGUUACGCGAGACAAGAGCUUUCUUUUAGAUCAGAUUUUGCAGUACGAGUCGAUAGAUUCGUCAUCCAGCGAUUCCGAUGCGACCGUGUCUAGCGACAGCGAGCCCGAACAUCGUGUGGAAGCUCCUCCUGUUAUAAAAAAGAAGAAACCUAACGCACCCAGCGACACUGUAGCUCUCCAUCACACCUCAGUUGCCGCCGUGUCCACUACACCAACGGGGAGCGCGGUGUCUUGUCCCGUACCCAUCAAAACUGAAUUGCCAGCUGUCGUUGCAACAACCAGCUCCGUUAAUAUCAUUCCAUCGGGCCCAAUUAACACGAAACCAGUCGCCGCAAUGCCCGUUCCGACAGCAUCCGUACCAGUAACGGCUUGUGCAGACAAGAAGAAAAAGCCCAUACGAAGCAUGAAACCAGCUACUAUUCAACCGCAGCCGUCGCCGAAGCCUGUUCUCUCUGCUGGCAGCAUACAGAAAAGAAUGGUGGAAGUGUCGGAAGCAUUAUCCGUCGGUCGUUUAGACGGCCACAUGACAUCCGAAGAAGUCGAGAGGCACCUGGAAGCACGCCAGGCACUUCGAGACCUCUUACCCGAAAAGGCGCCGCUUACUGUGCCCGCGGAACUGUUCAGCAAUGAACCACCCGGGGAACUGUUAGAUGGGCACCACCUCUUAAAUAUAGCCACUGCAAGGGUAAUUGUGUCUGGCAGGCACGACGGCACAGCCGUAGUAGACGAUGAAGGACUUGUUAUUGACCUACCCGAAUGAUCGCCAUGCCGUGACACUUUAUACAUUCGUCGUGUCAAGGAAUCCAUCUAGUACAAUCGUGUUCACGUAUUCAGUGAUUGCUACAUCUAAAAAUACGCACACAGAGGCUGUGACGUAAUUCUCGAACAGAAAUUUCUCAAAUUUUGAAGCAUACUGGACAAAGGGAGGUGAUACUUUCGACACACCGACCAGCGAUUUUCUAAGGAUUUUUAUCUCGAAGAGGGGAUCCUAUGGGGGGAUGGCGAGAGAAAUUAUGGGCCCCGGGGAUGAUUCCGAAUGGGUCCUGCCAUGGUGCCCCUCCUCACGUCUCCUGCGGUGCUAGCAGCCAUCGGGCCUUGGGUCGGGCAGGCCCCUGAAGGGGCCGGGGCUCCAUCCCAGGGCCCCCCCUUCUUGCCGCUCUGGGGGGGGCACCAAAUCGGUUUGCUCUUUGGCCUUUCUGGCAGGUAUUUUGGGGGUUGCGGUGAGUGCUAGGAAAAUCGCUGAUCACCAGUAGUCACCUCCAGGUUGAACUUCGUGCCAAACAAUGCGGAUUAAUGUGUAAUUAAGGCAUCUUAUCUUCCACAGAGCGCAUGCAUGGAGGCAUGGGCGUUUCAAUAAGCCUGGUGAGCAGGAGCUGAAAAAAAAAAAUGUGGACCACACAUGUCCAGUAUUGUUCACAUAGUUUUUGUGCAUGUUCUUUUUCAUGAAUUGCGUGUAACUAUCGUGUAAAAUACACCAAUUUUCGUGCCAUUAAUUUGGCAGCCAACUUAUGAAUUCAAAAUACACAGUUGUAAUCUGUGCAAGUUCCGGUCUUAAAUCAUGGUGCAGAUCGAUAAGGAUUUGGAUAACCCAACAUGCUACGUGCAGUAACUUUGCAGUGCUCACACAUGUUCUCUUGCACAUAAAAAAAAAAUCCCGCUAAUUUCUAUAAUUAUGUCAGAUUUCAAAGCAAGUGCAAGCUUGAGGGGGAGGGUUCUUGGUGCAGUAUUUCUGCACCUGCCAAACACACAGUCUGUGUUGUGCAUGCAAGAUUGAACAGUGCUUCUUUGGUGGUCUUUUCAUGCAUACUGUCCACUGCUUUUAGAUAUGCUAUGAUUUUAGGAGCCAUUGAGCUUUCUCUGUAUAACAAUGCAUUUGCACGCUGUACAGUUACAACAUACGGUGUAUCAGUUGAUUUGGUGUGUACCUGGGUGCAACAUCCAGAAGAAGUUACAGAACGGUUUAAGUGUUGAAGCUAUCCAAAGAUAUCGGUUACUGCUAUGUAACGUACAAUGUGUGCUUCCUGUGUACCCUUUACCUGUGUAAGACCAUCGUGGUGACGACAACUAAAGGAGGUGCCGUGAAGCUGGCACCUCCUGUUAAUAAAAGAAUCCUCAGCAGACACUUUAAGAGAUCUCAAAGUGGGCUUUCAUCAUUGUCACGUUGCAUUUUUUGAAGUGAGGAAGCAAGACAUUUACAGUUUCAGGUUAGAGAGUAUUGCAUCUCUUUCAUAGCAGUAACUUUUAGACUAGUAUUACUACUUAGCUGAAACCUGGUGUACAAAUUCAAUGCUUGAAAGGAAAAGUUAUGUUUAUUGCUGUAAAAGCAUUUACAAUAAAUGAGAUUCGCAAUAGCA